UUACCGAAAUAAAAAGUCCACCAACGUGAAGUAAAUAGAAAGAGGAGGAAAUGUGAUGGAGUCGAGUGAAGCGAUCCGCGAUAAUUGGUGUUAAUUAAUUCAGCACGCUGCUAGUUGGUGUGCCAUCUAAAUAGUUUUUCGAUGAGUUUUCUUGCAGCAGUGUGGUGCGUUGACGAUGCAAUGGAUCCUCCUGAAGCACCAUCGAAGGAGUCUCAACCAGACUGGAAGAAAGUGAUUACCUUUGUGGUUGCAAUGCUUGUAACAAAACCACCAACCAAACUGACGUUCAUCAACAGAGCACUGAAGUUACCGAAGUUGGAGCUGAUUCUAUAUCAAAGCCCUUUCCGCAUUCAGUUCAUCUCCCAGGCUGCGCGAACAACAGCUAAAGAUCCAGCCGCUGGUUUGAUAACUUCAAUGGGAGGAUCAGAGCUGCGGAAACUCUGGGGAGGAUUACCCGGUUCAGAGGUACUACUGAAGGUAUGGAUCGGCUGCGAUAUAAGUUUUAAGGCAACAUUAAGCAGCAUCAACCUGAGUAUCGGAAGCAGUAUGCUGAAAGCUAUGAGCAAAUAG